CCAAUCAUAACCUCAAUAGUUAGCACCAACGUUUUCCUUAAUCAAAAAUACCAUGUUGUUGUGGCCUUCAAGCACCAAUGUUUAUAUUCCAUUACAUGGCCUAAUUAUUCCUCUUCAUUCACAACAACUCUUUCAUUCCAUUGUUCCACUCUAAAAGUUUUGAAAUAAUAAUGGGUUCAGUAGUUGAGAGAUCAAAGAAGAAAACCCAGCUAUGGAAGAAGGCCAUGCUCCAUUUUUCUCUCUGUUUUGUUAUGGGGUUCUUCACAGGCCUAGCUCCAACCGGUAAAUCUUCUAUGUUCUCUUCAACCAAAGUUGUUACUUCUUCAAAUAGAACAGGUUCUUCGAUAAAUGUCAAUACAAGUUGGAGUAUUUCUCCAAUUUCUUCAGUUAAUGUUCCUAUGAAGCCAAGAAUCUCAAAAACAACAAUGUUGAAUGUGAGGUCACAUUCACAAUUGAAGCCUAGAAGGCUCAUCAUCAUUGUAACACCAACAAGCACAAAGCUUCCUUACCAAGCAGUGUUUUUGCGGCGGUUGGCAAAUACCAUUAGGCUUGUUCCACAACCAUUACUUUGGAUCGUCGUUGAAGCAAAAACCGAAUCCAUGGAACUUCCAGGGAUGUUGAGGAAGACUGGGAUCAUGUAUAGGCAUGUGGUUUUCAAAGAGAACUUCACUGACUUGGAAGCUGAAUUGAAUCACCAGAGGAACCUUGCUCUUAAGCACAUUGAACACCAUAGGCUAAGUGGUAUUGUUCAUUUUGCUGAGCUUUCCAAUGUUUAUGAUCUCCAAUUCUUCCAACAACUUAGAGACAUUGAGGUGUUUGGAACAUGGCCAACGGCAUUGUUAGCUGCAAACAGAAAGAGAGUGAUAAUAGAAGGACCUGUGUGUGAUUCAAGACAAGUCAUUGGUUGGCAUCUUAGGAAUAUGAACAAUGAAACCGAGACAGUCACUCCUCCAAUUCAUAUUUCAAGCUUUGCAUUCAACAGCUCCAUUCUCUGGGAUCCGGAAAGAUGGGGCCGCACCUCAUCUGUUCAAGACACCUCGCAGAAUUCAAUCAAGUUUGUGAAGCAAGUGGUUCUAGAAGAUGAGACAAAACUAAAGGGAAUUCCACCAGAGGACUGCUCCAAAAUUAUGCUAUGGCGUUUCAAUUUUCGUGCUCGCACCAUUUCAAAUCACUAAUUUCUGUCGAUUAUAUCAGAUAGCUCAAGAUAUAUAAUAAUGAACGUUAAAGCAAAACAAAAUUUGUCCAGUAAUGGAAUCAUUCAUUUUUUUAUCUUUA